AGAAUGAAAAUAACGAAAGAGAGGAACUGUAAGCUUGGACAUGAAGUGAAGUUGAGGAACAGUAAGCUUACACAUCUAAUUAAGUUCCCUACAGUUCUCGACGUUUUUUCUAGUUCAAAGCACGAAUAGAUGAACAAACUGCACAGUGACAACAUACCAAGAAGAAGAGCUUCUGUCCGUGUCGGUAACAGGACACAGUCGCUCAUCAGAGUCCUAAUCCGACAGUGCGGCCAUCUCGUCGACGAAGCCCAGCUGUGUACUGCUUCUCUAACUCCAUCUGGAGCUGCUCCUGCUUUUCGGCCUGGAGACCCUCUUGGUUGUUGUUGGUCUGGGAUUCUGCCUUUGCAUCCCCCUUCACACCCUACAAUUGGCCAUAGGUACCAUUUCUGACUCAGACUC